AUGGAUUUUGAUAUAAAAAACUACUUGCAUAAGUCUCAACAAAAAAAGUCAAGUAUUGAAAAGCAAAGGCAAACACUCAACUUUACUAAAUUCAAUUCCUGCAAGAAAUCUACACUACAAGUUUUUGCUUCUCUCCAAACGGAGGGUGUUCCUUCUGAUAUUGAGCUUGAUGGCUUCACCGAAAAAGUUACUGUUCGCACCCUUCAUAGUCGUGGUUGCCCUUGUAAAGACUGUUAUAUCCCAAUUGUUGGGGCUGAAUGUUGUGCUAGGAAGAAGUGCAAACGCGCAUGCCCUGGUUGCGGAUAA